UAUUCUAGUACGACUUGUCUUUUCCUUAACAUCCGGUUUGAUCUCCUUAGCAACAGGUACUCAUCUGUCGGCCAUAACAGCAAGUGCUCGUUGAUAAACAAAAAGACAAGAUGCCGCGCCCACGCUCUGCUCGCUCGGACAACAGUGAUGCUGACAUGGAGGGGCUCCAGGAGCAGGAGCUUAUCAAACUUCAAAGGCAGUACCGCCUAAUGGAGGGGGAUCGUGCUGCCUACACCGAGGAGUCACAGAACAUCAUCAGAAAACAAAAGGCUGAGGUAGCCCAACUGGAAGCAGAGAAGCAGGAGCUUCUUAAGGAGUUAAGAUUGGCAGAGAGUAGAUAUAACCAGAACUUGGAUGAAACAAACACAGACACCCUGGUGGUUCUAGCAGAGGCUAAAGAGGAUUACGACACAGAAAUAGAUGAAGAGAGACAAAUGCAUGCUGAACUAGAUGCUAGAAUCCGUGAGUGGGAGAAGAAGAUUCGCAAUCAGCAUAAGAACAUGGGAGGUGUUCACAUGAGUUCCCAGCACACAGUUCAGACACAGAAAACAAUUAGAACAUUGGAAAAUAGACUUGAUAAAGCCAAAAAGCAUUUCAACUCAAUUCUUACACAAAAUUCUGUGUAUAGAGAGGAAAUAGAAAGCUUGAGAGUUGAAAGGAAUAGAUUUGACAAUCUGUACAAAAAAUUAGACAAGGAAUUGUCAAGUCUGAGAAGAGAGAAAGGUGAACUGAUUGAAAAAUCCACACAGGCCUAUGAUGCUAGGGAUGAAGCCCAAGCUAAGAUGAUCCUGUUGAAGGAGAGAGCAGACAAGGACCAGCAGCAGCACAAUGCUGAAAUGAAGGAGCUCCUGAGGAUCAUUGACCAUGAAAGAAACCUGAGGGAGUUCAUGGGAAUCAAAGGCCAAGAAAGAGUGGAUGACCCACAGCUGGUGGCCUGGAGACAGAAAAAAGAGGCCCAGGAGGCUGAGCGUAAGAAGGAAAGUCAGGAAGACUCUGUAGAGACUUAUGAGGCAGCCUUUGAGAGGAUCAAGGAAAUGACUGGAGAGGAGGAUCUAGACUUACUUGUACAGAGGUUCAUUGAAACAGAGGACAAGAACUUUGCCUUGUUCAACUUUGUUAAUGAACAGAAUAAUGAAAUUGAAACCUUGCACGAACAAAUCGAAGAGAAAAAUAAUGAAAUUGAGAAAUUCAAAUUACAAGGCAUUGAAUUAGAGGAACAAAGAAAAAAGAUUCUCAAAGAACUGGAAGAACAACAGUUAUCUUGUUCCCGUGAUGCUGACGAAUUCUCCAAAAAGAACAAAGAAAUCUCCAAAAUUCUCGAUCAGCUUAGAGCAGGUAUUGAUUCCUUGUUCAAUAAGAUAAACUGUGAUAGAUCUGCCAUUGACGACAUGUUGGGGGCUCAGUCAGGCGUGACAGAUAGCAACAUGAUUCAGUAUCUUGGAAUCAUUGAACAACGCACUAAUGAACUGUUGGCAGUACAGGCAUAUGUUAGUUCUAAGGACCAAGAUAGAUAUGAUGCUAAGCAACCAGUAUUGCUGGGUGCUGGACCAGCAGCAGCCCAACCUCAGUACCCUGUCAUUCCUCCCUCCAUAGGAGAUGAGUAUGACAGUGAAGGCAGCGAGGCCAGUGAUGACGAGGCAAGGCCGCUGACCAGGAACGAAUUACAAAAUAAAGUGAUUAAGACGGUCCGGAAACGGGAGUCUGCCGCCAAGAAAGACGGAAACAAGUACGACCUGUCAAACGCACGCGAGAUGCAGAAGAACAAAAAAGACAAAAAGUGAUCCAGAGUGACACAUUUUAAGUGACUUUUCGGAGGGGACUUCAUGAAUAAGAGGAAAAGAAAUUACAGGAGGAAAAUGUUAUGUUUUGUGACCAGGACAUCCAAAAAGCCAGCUACAAUCUUUAUUUAUUGUAGAACUUGGCUCUUGUUGUUAAUUAGUUUAUAAAUUCUUGUUUUUGUGAUUACAAAUGUACCUUUAAAUCAUGUCUAUUUCAGUUCAGAUUUAUAAAAUUGGAAAUUUAUAAAAAUGUGCUAAUAAAUCGUUGAUUAAC